AUGGUGACCGAUAGAUGGCUCUGGGAACCUAUACAAUGGAACUGGUGGACAAUCGUACAAGUGGCUACUGCAGUCGUUGGGAUUAUUGGCAACCUACUUGUAAUCGUUCUGCUUUACCAGCGUCGCAAGCAAAGCAGGGCCACAGACACGCUCAUAGGAGCAUUGGCGAUCGCAGAUUUUGUCACAUCGAUCUUCAUAAUACCACUUCCAACAGCUUCGCGAGUACCAUUGACGAUGCUUGGCGACGUUUACUGUAGGCUAAUCACUAGCAGGUUCCUCUUGUGGUCUUCGACAUCAGGAUCAAUCAUGGCACUUACGAGUAUUGCUGUCGAAAGAUACAUCGCAGUUGUACACCCACUGCGUUGCAAGGAGCUUCUCUCUAGGAGGAGAAUCCGUACAGCCAUUGUCCUGAGCUGGGUUCUUGGCAUGACACUACACACGCCUCUUCUAUACACCAACUUCCGUAAUCCUCAACAGGAAUGUGAAUGGGGGUUUCCGUCCAGAGAAAUACAAAUUCUGAUAGGCGGUGGCCUCUUCUCAACUCAGUUUUUCAUCCCCAUGAUUACGCUUCCGGAUCUUAAACGAGGUCGAACAAACUCUGGUGACUCAGCUGAGACAUCAGAGAAACGAGAAAAUCAGCAUGACUAUUAG